GAAGAAGAGUUUCGGCGCCAAUUUUGUAAACAGCAGAAGUUUUAGAAGCUACAGACGGCUAGCAGUUGGUAGCUUUCAUAUUUAUUACAUUUUCCUCGUUUUGGACCUCGGUUCCGACCUGCUGUCAUGACUAAUCCCAGUGGAUAUUCGCCGAGCUUCAAGCGUCCGGCGGAAAUCCUCCGCAUGAGGCGGAGCAGAGCUCGAAGCGUCGGCGGACUCCUCUCCCCGUCCAGCGGCCCGGACUCCUCCGAGAACCCCGGCCAGACUCGCUCCUCCCCAGGUGAGAUCCGGCCGUUCUCCCCGGGCCCGCGCCUUCUCGGUCGGAACAGUCCCGCCCGGAAACGCAGAAAUCCUUUCGCGAGCAUCGAAAACGCGCACAGCCCGAUAAAGAAGAAGCCGCUGGUUCUGAAGGACGACGGCGACUCGUUCUUCUUGGCGAGGAACUCGGACCUGGUUUCAGAGAACAAGUCCGUGGAAUCGCGCUUGACAGACCGGGAAGGGUGUCCGUCCGGGAGCGACUCCAGCAGCGGUUCAGAACCGGACCGGAACCGGGACAGCCAGGAGCGACUCCUCGACCAGGACUUUCUGAACGUGGAGCAGGAAGCUGCUGAAAGGCCUCUGCUCAAGAGCCCCCAGGCCAUUGCUCCUGCCUCCAUUGCCCCUCCCACCUGCAGGGAAUACCCAGCAGACUGGAGUCUGAAAACCCGCCUCCUCUUCACCUCCCCGCUGUCGCUGACGUGGACGGAGCAGCCGAAGGCUCAGGAGGAGGCGGUGGGGCUCAGCAACAGCUGCAGAGCUCAGUUCAGCGCCCCCCCACUGAGUCUGCAGGACCCCCAGUCCUGUUCGGACACCCGCUGCGCCUUCCAGCAGAGUCUGGUGUACUGGCAGCACCCGUCCCUGCCGUGGCUCUCCCUGUUCCCCAGGAUCAAUGCGGAGAGGAACUUCUCUGGGAAGGGCGCCCCCUGGGCUCACGAUGCAGCGCUGCAGCAGAGCCUGAUGAGGGAAUGGUCAGCCAGCCUGUCGUCUUUGUACAGCCUCCUCAAGUCCAAACGCUGUCCGUACUUCUACGUCUGCUCCUAUCAGUUCACAGUGCUGUUCAGAGCCGCUGGCCUUGCAGGCUGCGACAGCAUCACCGCAGUGGUUUCUCCUACGACUCUGGGGCUGAGAGAAGCCAUGAAGGCUGAAGGGAUUGAGUUCAGUCUUCCUUUAGUGAAGGUGAGGAAGAAGCGGCUGGACCUGCAGGACGGACUUGACGAGGAACCAAAGCGGGCGUGUUUGAAGGAGCUGGAGGCUGAAGGAGGAGGAGGAGGAGAAGGGGAUGAUGAAGACGACAGCUUCCAGUGGCUGAAAGAGAUGGGGGUCCAGGAUAAGAUAAAGAAGCCAGAUGGGAUCACGAUAAAGCUUCAAAAGGACGCUCACAGUUUGUCCGUGGACCACAGGCCAGAGUCGGUGGUGUGUGUGGAGGGCUCACACACCUUCACUCUCAUCAACUUCCUCAUCAACUGUAAGAGUGUGGUGGCGUCGACCGGCUCACAGGCGGGCUUACCCCCCACGCUGCUGGCCCCCACAGCUUUCAGAGGGGCCACGCUGCACACGCUGAAGAGCCGCAGUGUGAAUGUAAAGAACCAGGUCAAGUCUGGAUUUCAAAACGUCAGCAGCCUUGAAAUUGCAGGACCAGUUCUGCCCUCCUCCCUUCACGCCAUCAUCGGCCUCCUCCGUUCUGCACAGAAGGGGAACUUCUCCGUCUCUCUGUACACGCACGCCCCAACGGCGGUGAUGAAUGUAAACGCCUUUGAACAUAAAGACACCACAGUGGAUCUAUCAGGCAUCGGCCUGCCCCCCACCUCGGUGGACCAGUUGCAGCAGCCCCCCAGCUUAGGCCAGUCUGCCCUCUCUCACAUCUCCAUGAACGACUACAGUUACAGCUGGAGGAGCUGACUGGAGCCAUGGUGGGUCAUCCGGUAGUCCAAACUCCAGAAGACCAGAUUCUUUGGAUCUUUAAGGACUAAAUGAGAAGACUUGUUCUAUAUUCACAAACUUUCAUUGAUGGAAUAGUUUCAAUAAAUUCUUUUAACUUUUUUUAUGCUUAUUAUAUAAGUGGAUAAGUAAAAUAAUGGACUACUAGGUCAUGUGGACAGCGUAGGAAUACGAGGUAGUGAUGUGGUUGAAGUAACAUCAUGAAGUUAUGGCCGCCUGAUCGAUUCAUGACCAUGAAGGCUCACUCAAAAGCCCAUCUACAGUUACUUAAGUAAGGGACCAUGACCUUUGAGGUGUCCGUUAUUGGAAAUUCACGAUAAUCUCUCAUAAUAAACGCCUCACUUAAGAAAUCA